UUUUUGCCUGGAUCAGGCCAUCUCGAUCUUUUUACCCUAAGUGUCAAGAGAAAGUAGAAGUAACGGUAACGGGCAUGACGGAAACUGAGUUGUAAGAGCAGUAUGGUGAAGGAAGUCCACUGUAGCGAGUAGUUCUAGAUAACGAUUCAUAUCUAAAGGUGUUUAAACGUGAAACGACACGUGAUGUUAGCUUCUGGAGGAGCUUUUUCCUUGCUUUACAUCGCCAUUCUAAACUUCUUUGUCACAACAUAUACACAAGAGCCUUCAAAUUGYACGAAUACUACUGUUCUGCCAAAUGGAGAAAACGUGUCACGUUGUUGCGUCUUUCCCUUCGUUUACCUUGGUAAAAGUCGCCAUACUUGCAUUGAAUCCGGUGAAACUGCAUGGUGUUCUACCACUCCUAAUUUUGACCAUGAUGGCCAGAAAAUACCAUGCAUUUUAAAAGAACAAGGAGGAGAAUCAGAAUUUGGGGAAGGAAAUUGUCAUAAUUUCCCAUCAGGCCUUUCGAAGCUCACUGGUGGAUCACGGGAUGCCGUUGUGCCUUGGAAGAUUCAGUGUCAAUCAUCCUUUGCCAUGACGUCMCUAGGGGAUGACGGGAAUCGGUUUAGGUUGCUAGGCGACAUCAAGUGUUGUAAUGCUCCAGUAGACCAUAAUAUCUCGCAAGUGUUUAAUCUGUCAAGAAAGGAUGCAGGCAGUGAUGACCCRAAUCUACCWUGGAAUGCAAUGUGUCCGGAUAGCUACAUCCUCACAGGUAUAACAAUUAUCGCUAUUAAACCUAAAAAUUGUUGGACGCAUACGUCGAGAUAUGAGGAAUUAGCUGGUAGUUUUUGGACAAUCAAAACCCAUAUUAUUUUAUAUUUGUAG